AUGCCUUUGGCUCAAGAAGAACGUAUUGAAAUCGUUUUCAUGGCUGGAUCAGCAAGGACUAUCGCUGUGGAUAUGGUGCUGCUGUCUGUGUUCCUGCUUCUUUCUUUCUGUCAUCAGAGCUUGACCGCUGUGUUGAACAUGCACUUCGAGCCGAGAAAUAUGUUCGCAGAGAGAGCUUGUUGCAGACGUCAGAGUCACUUCAUCUACAUAGGACAAGACAUCUUAGGCAGUCCGGUGAACGUGGACGUAGGCAUGUGCCGAACAAGCUGCCAAGCACGGUCCUCCUCGUUUGAAGCUGGGAUGCAAGGCUACUCCUCCAUGCUGGACUUCCUGCGAGACAAAAAGACACGAUCUCCAUCAUCCGCGUCCUCUCAUGACCUCCCAGGCUUUGGAAGAAAUCGUCCGUCGUGUGGUGCGAGCAUGACCUGUGAACCCACUGGACUGCGUGUGGACAAAGUCAUGCUCAUGGACGGCCUGCGUGAAGUGGAAAUCAUCGAGGAUUGCCACUGCGAGGCCAAAGUGACUAGCUGUGUACGAGCACCCUCUCUCAGAACAUACUUCUUUGAAACACCUUAUGAAACUGUGAUCGACGUGGGCAAGUGUGUAGGAUCAAAAGGUGAACCAGAGGGUUUUUCCUGUGUGCCUACCAAGUUUGAUUCUGCUCUCGUGGACACUCCGAAUAAAGUGGAACUGAUUCAAACGGUGGCUGGCUGUGACAUGAAAGAAGGCUGCUACAGAAUUCCUUACGUUGAAUAUCAUUACGAGAUCACGUACAAUGAAGAUGGGCUCAAGGAAGAAAAACUAAAGGAAAUAGACGUGGGGAGAUGUUUGGGAAGCUGCACCUCAGGAAACCGCUGUCUUCUCAGGAAUGCCUCUGAUUCUGGCGAGUGUUUGCUGUGGGCAGAGGGACAGGGCAGCGCGUGUGUUCCACAAGGCUACGAGAGUCACACGUUUCUCAAUCAGCACGGCCAAUUCCGUACUGUGCUGGCCAUCACAUCAUGCCUCUGCCAGUCUUGA